UCAAGAUGCGAUGGAAAACUUCCAAACAGUAAAAGAAAUGGAUCUAGCUACUGCCAUUGAAGAGACUACAGUAGCACUCAACCUCUUUCUCAACAACAAAUUCAGUGAGGCUAGAGCCAUAUUUGAACCAUGGUCUCAUGCAAGUAUCUACCAUGCCUUGGGACAUGGUACCAUCAGCUACCUCCAGGCUGUCAUGACCUUUGACCCCACAGACAUCCAGCAAGCUAUCAAAUGGAUCAAGAACUCCAUCGAGGUGGCCAAUCGGUUCCGGAAGAAAACAAGCGUGAUGACGUCCAUGUCGAAGAUGAUGUGGAAAACCAACUAUAACACAUACACAGACGAAGAGGUACAUGCUGAGUUAUGCUAUGCUGAAUCUCUCUUGGAGCGUGCAAUCCUUUCUUUCAUCCAAGAUGACAACCUUAUCAAUUUCAUCAAAGGUGGACUAAAAAUAAGAAAUGGUUACCAUUCUUACAAAUCAUGUGUUCAGAUGUUUGAAAAUAGAACUUGGCCAUCAGCUAGAUCAAAGCAACAGUUUGAGAGCGGAGUCAAGUUUGGUAGUGGUACAUUUAAUCUGUGUAUAUCAAUGUUGCCAAAGAGGAUACUGAAAUUACUUGAGUUUGUAGGAUUCUCAGGAAACAGGAUAAAAGGGCUGACAGACUUAGAAAGGGCUUCCAAACUUCCCUGUCUUAGGUCUCCUAUGUGUUCUAUGGUCAUCAUCAGUUAUCAUUCAAUAGGGACUUAUGUAUUCGGUACUGCUGAUGGAGACAUUGAGCUUGCUAGACAAAUCUUAGAACCAUGUUUGAAGAACUAUCCCAAGGGAGUCAUCUUCUUAUUUUUGGCAGCGAGGAUAGAAGAGAUAUCAGGAAACCUGGAUGAAGCAAUAGAUAAAUUCCAGGAGUGCAUUGCCUCGCAGCAGGAAUGGAGGCAGUUUCAUCACCUGUGUUACUGGGAGCUUAUGUGGUGCCACGCCUAUAAACUUGAUUGGCCAAUGGCUGCUCAGUAUGCUAAUAAGCUGUGUGAAGAAAGCAGAUGGUCUAAGGCUAUUUACCAUCACCAGCAGGCUAGUUUCUUAGCCAUGCAUUUACCACCUACCGACGCUUGUAUACAGAACAUCAAUGACAUCUAUGCUAAGGUACCAGAACUUAAACAACGUAUUGCAGGCAAGUCUAUCCCCAUGGAGAAGUUUGCAGUUAACAAGGCCAAGAAACAUCUCAUCCAUGGCACUGAAAAUUCACUAGUAGGACUGGAGUUGAUCUAUAUCUGGAAUGGAUUUUCCAUUCUUGCCAAGAAGAAAGAGCUUUUAGAACCAGUACUACUCUUAACAGAGGCAACACUUCAACAGCUUAAGAAAACAAAGGGUUCUGUGAGUAGAAGUAGUGGCUGUUACUGGGAUGAUUAUAGUUUAGCCAUGCUCCUGAAAGGAAUCACCCUCAGAUAUCUAUCAAGACCUUCUCAAGCAGAACUCUGCUUUCAAGAAGUCAUCUCGAAUGAAAGAGAUCUUCAUUACGAUCAUUACCUGGUGCCGUAUGCAACCCUUGAACUUGGUCUACUCUAUCUACAGUAUGAUAGAUUGCAGGAAGCAAAGACGUUCCUUACACAAUGCAGGCAUCACAACAAGAAAUACAUGUUAGAGAACAGACUUCACUUCAAGAUGCAUGCUGCCCUGGACAACCUCAAGACCAAGAUGACACAGUCAUCGGAGAUCCCGGCCCAGGACUCCCUCAACCUUGAAGGAGAGGAUGAAGAAAGGACUGGACCAGAAGAAGAUGGACUAGAAAUGAGCUUAGCAUCUGAAGCAUCCCAGGAUUCACUUGACAAGGAUGGGCCAGGAACCAACCUCAAGAACAAAGGCCAGGAUUCUCUUACAGGAGAUGGAUCAGUAGAUGGACCAAUGAACAAAGUGGGACCAACAGAAGAUGAGAUAGCAAGGACUAAUGACAAAGAAGACCAGGACUUGUCUUCUGGUCCUAGAUAGUCCUAAACAUCAUCAAAUACCCUGUGCUGAAGUGCAGCACAAGGCAAAAUAUAAAAACCGAUAUUGAGACUUGUGUGCAAAAAUCAAGCAGGCAUUCUUUAUGUACAUUACUCAAGCAUGUUGUUCAUCACAUCCUUCUAGAUUACUGUGUAAUAAUGCAUGUAUGUAAUAUGCAUCUCAAAGUUAUCCCAAUAAACUGACCUGAAAGUGUCAAUAAUGCCAAAGUGAAGGAGAUGCCUUUUAUUAGUUUAGCUGUAUGCAUGUCGGUCCCAGACAUAAAUAAUAACAUAUGAUCGAUGCAAAUCUGUUAAAACCCUAAGACAAACACAGGUUUCUAUUUAUAGUGCAACCCAGUGUUUUGUGUAAUCCUUCAUGCUUUGGGAAAUGGUGCUAAUUCAUUUUUUUUCAAAGGUUAAGUCCACAAUUCAAUAAGUAUUAAACUUAUAAUUUAAUCUAAUUCAGAUGUAGAAUAAGAAAAUAAUGUCAUUUAAUUUUUUUUCUCAUAAAUAUAAAUUCGCACAACAUGGUGGGUAUGUAAAUGAGACAACCGAUGAUAUCACAAACAAUUAUGUUUGUUUAUAUGGAAGCAUCACGGUCUAAUAUUUCUGACUCUUGCCUUUCAAUCUAAGGGUCGUGAGUUUGAAUCCAAGCAUUGGCCUUAAUUUCUUCACCAAGGAUUUAUCCACACUGUGCUGCACUCAAUCUAGGUGAAGAAAGUUGGUACCUAGCAGAAUUUAUUCCUUGAAAUGGUUGCGUGCUGUCAAAGGCUGCAGGGCUAGAUCUGGGGUAAUAAUACUCAGGUCCUUUCGAAGCGCAUAGGGACGGGAUGAUAUGCACUACACAAAACUGUGAAUUAGUAUGAAUAAUAUUAAUUAUAUGAAAUUUCAAAUGCUUAAAUAAUUUCAUGUUCUCAAUUUAAUCACAGUCACCGUCAGUUACAUUAUUGAUGACUUUCUUUUUACUUAAAAGAGUCAAACCAUGUUUUAUGUUAUUGGAGCACGAUAUAAAAUUAGUGAGUUUAUGGCACCAGGUAUUCCCUCAUUUGCAUAUGGUAUGAAUUUCUCUGUUUCUCUGAAACAUGGAAACACUGUCAUUUUCCUACUCUACAUCUGAUGAAAUAUUCAGUUUUGUGCAUGUUUUAUUUUACCCUUUCUUGUUGACUUGUCUUGGUGGAUUUGAUCUUCAGUGAAAAUUGAGUAUAAAACAUAUGCUUUCCUGAUGUGUGUUCCAUAAAAAUGUGGUGGUACAAAAAACUUCCUGUUGGUGACCUCACUGGUAUUGUUAUUAUAAAUGAUCAGUAUUCCGUGCCAAAGUAUACCGUAGUCAGAUACAGUUAGUCAUGUGUGAUGCCACAAUACAUUUGUAGCCCUUUUUAUUUUCAAGAAGACUUUUGUCACUCCAGCAGAAAUAAGACCAUUUUCUUUGUUUAUUUAUUUCAGUCAUCUAAACUACUCUAUUUUAGAUAGAGACUUUGUUAGACUAUAGUGAUAUAACUAUGAAUAUCUAGUAAAUUCAGUUUGUUGAUAAAAUGACGAUAAUGAUAUUAUGAGCAUUAUAAUACGCUGGUAUCCAUCAUGAGUCGAUGUUCAUGGCGCAGUAAAAAAGGAAAUGAAAAUGAGAGCUACAUUUACUGGUAGAAAUAUCAAGGAUGUAUAUGAAAAAAAGUAAAAAGGCACUUUGUGACUUUGGUAAGCCUGAGGAAAGAAUCCUAACCAAGUCAUCAUAGUGUUCAAUGUUAUUUUGGUAGGAUCAAUGAGUUGCUGGUGACUCCUUGGUAGGAUUUAUAUGAAGGAUGUGAGGAAUAUAAAAAUGAAACAAAGAUGAGAAAGGAAAAAAAACACUUUUGUACUGCAUGUUACUUCACUUGCAAUCUUAAGUCUUUUUUUGUUAAAAAUUUGCAGAAAUAUAUUGUCAUGACUGAGUCUUCUGAUUGAAAGAAAAGAAAGAUUAAAGCUACCUUUGUAGAAAUAUGAAUAUUUAUUAUAUCCAAGAGACCAAAAGUUUUAUUUUUAUGCUACAGUCUAACGAACGAAACUGACUCUAAACCGACCAAUGUUAAGCCAUUGAAAUUAAUGUAAUAGAUUUGGAUGGUCUGGAGUCAGUUUCAACAUUGUGACUGAGGCACUACAGUGAGACAUUCCAAAUCAUCAGGCUAUAAAAGCAAUGCUGAAUUUGUACAUAUAUUUCUACUGCUAUGUUUUAUAGUGAUUUUGAUAAGCAAGCAUUCAUGUUUGAUAGCCUGGAUUCUAUUUAUAAAGAGGAUAUUAUCUGUUGUUGUUGCCAUUCAAAAUCUUUUGUAAAACAUUCCAGCAGAACACCUUAGUAAAUUACUUUUUGGUAUUC